AUGAGCGUCUACGACUGCCAGCCCUGUUUUGGCUGUGAUCAGCACAUUCAGUGCUUUCGCAUACCGCAGCCGAUGUCGUCCAAUUUGGUUCCGGAAGUGGCCGGUGGCUAUCAGUGCAGUUGGCUGUAUCGUCCUUUUUCGACUCGAUUGGGCUUGCAAGCUAUAAAACCAUUUGAAGCAGUCGUCUUUUUUAUCAACGCCAAACAGUAA